AUGGCGAUGAUAGGCUUAAUUCAAGUCUUCCUAGCAUUCAUUUUUUUCCUUGUAUUCAAGUGUUUCUUCUUCCACAAGAAAUCCCACCGCCAACCCGUUCCCAAGAACUGGCCUCUCACUGGUAUGCUUCCAGGAAUGCUCGGCCAUAUCCCACGUAUCUUCGAGUGGACCGUCGAAGUUCUUGAGGCCACCAAUCUAACCUUUUCUUUCAAAGGACCAUGGCUUAGUGGAACGAACAUGCUACUUACUGCCGACCCAAGGAACAUCCAUCACAUACUAAGCUUAAACUUUGGGAAUUACCCUAAAGGACCUGAGUUCAAGAAGAUCUUCGAUGUUUUGGGAGACGGUAUCUUAAGUGUUGAUCUGGAGCUGUGGGAGGAUCUAAGGAAGUCAAAUCAUGCCAUCUUUCACCAUCCAGAUUUUCUGAAGCUGUCAGUAAGUAGCAAUGCAAUUAAGUUAAAGGAAGGUCUUGUUCCUUUUCUCGAUAAUGCUGCUCAUGAAAAAAUUGUCAUAGACUUGCAAGAUGUGUUCCAGAGAUUCAUGUUUGAUACUUCUUCGAUUUUGAUGACUGGUUAUGACCCAAUGUCACUAUCCAUCGAGAUGCCCGAAGUUGAGUUCGGUGAAGCUGCGGAAACCGGUGAAGAAGCGAUCUAUUAUAGACAUUUCAAACCGGUCAUAUUGUGGAGGCUUCAAAACUGGUUGGGUAUUGGACAUGAGAAGAAGAUGCGAUCUUCUAUGGCGACUGUCAAUCAUAUGUUUGCAAAGAUCAUAUCUUCAAGAAGAGAGGAGAUAAGUCGCGGGGAAUGCGGGCAAUCAAUGGACGCGUUAACGUAUUAUAUGAAUGUGGACACGACCAAAUAUAAGCACUUGAAACCAACUAAUGACACGUUUAUAAGAGACGUUGCUUUCAGCUUACUGUUGGCAGGAAGGGACACCACAAGCUCAGCUCUCACUUGGUUCUUCUGGCUUCUUUCUAAGCAUCCUCAAGUCUUGACCAAGAUCCGACAUGAGAUCAACACAAAGUAUGAUGAUCCUACAGAUCUUGAGAAGCUCGUGUAUCUACAUGCUACGUUGUCCGAAACAAUGAGACUUUACCCACCAGUUCCACUUAACCAUAAGUCUCCUGCAAAGCCAGAUGUACUUCCAAGCGGGCACAAAGUUAAAGCAGAUUCAAAGAUUGUGAUCUCUAUUUAUGCAUUGGGAAGAAUGAGAUCUAUAUGGGGGGAAGACGCAUUGGAUUUUAAACCAGAGAGAUGGAUUUUAGAGAAUGGAGGACUCAAACGUGAACCUUCAUCCAAGUUCUUGGUUUUUAAUGCAGGUCCAAGAACUUGCUUGGGUAAACAUUUAGCUCUUUUGCAGAUGAAGAUGAUAGCUGUGGAGAUCAUACAAAACUAUGAUUUCAAGGUCGUUGAAGGUCACAAGAUCGAACCAGUCCCCUCUGUCAUUCUCCGUAUGAAACAUGGUCUUAAAGUUACAGUCAGUAAGAAGAUAUGA